AAGGGUUUCCUGCAGCUUCCAGUAUUUUCGCGGAUGUGUCAAGCUGCUUUCAUAUAUGUGUCCAUCGAUCGAGUCACACUGAUUGUGCAGUGCGUCUGAAGUCUGGCUGACUGAAGGGACAUGAUGGAGGACAGGAGCCACUGGGACCGCACUCACUGUCACCAGCGCUUCAGUCAUCAUCAUGAGCACAACCCUCCUUUCGUGCAGUUCCACGCACUUCCACGCUCCGCACUCCCCUUUCCUGCUUUGUCAUCCGCUGCUGGGAUUUGCAUCAUAUCCAUAUAAAAGCCCAUGGCGCGCGUCCCGGGCGCGGCUGCUGGGGUCACGUGACGCGGAGUAUACGUCACAGAGGGCGUGAACGGCCGGAGAGGUGUCGCCUCAGCGUGUGAAAAGGGAACCUGUGCAAAUUAGUGACCCGGCCGGCCGCUGCACUCGAGUCGCACAGUCGUGAGUGAGUCGGACUCGGAGCUUCGACAACAGACAGACCCCGGCGCUGAUCCUCCUGUUGCCUUCUUCUUCUUGUGAAGCUGUAAGGAAAUUCCGAAAUUAUGAGUACAGUGAAGUUUGAACACGGCCGGGAGCAGAAUGGGAGGCAAGAGCAGGUUACCUUCCUGACCAAUAAAGAAAAAACAGCAGCGAAGAAGAAGAUGGGCCUGGUUGUUGGAGGAGUUGUUGCGCUGCUGGUCAUUGCAGCUGUUGUAGGAGUGCUGAUCUGGCUUUUUCUAGGUGAAAAACUGGGGUCAUACAGGACUGAUGUGGUGGAGCAGGGCCCAGAGACUCCCGUGUUCACAGGACAUCUGAAGCUGUCCAAAAUGAACUACAGCAAGGAGCUGGAGGACCCUAACAGUCAAAGGUUUACUGACCUAGCGGACAGCCUCGAAGAUGUCUUGCAGAUGGCCUUUGAACAAGAUACAUUCUUCUCCAAGUACUAUAACAAGUCUGUUGUUUCUGGCUUCAGUGAGGGUGUACUUGUGUACUAUUGGACAAAGUUCGAAAUCCCCCCAGCAGACCUAGAGCUGGCGCCCCAGUUCACAGAGGACCGCAUCAAACAGGUUCUCAGGAACAAGAUCCGACAAGUGGGCGAUAACAGUGGGAGCAAUCUCCUUGUCACAGAUGUCACAGUAUCACGCGCAGACCCUCGACUGGUGAGAAACCCGAGUGCAAAGGAUUGCUUCUUCAUGCUGGAAGCCAGUAGUGCACUUAAGACCUUCCAGUCCCCGGGUUUCCCUGUGAAAUACCCCCCUUAUAUUCGCUGCCAGUGGCACAUCCGGGCUCCUGAGGCCAGUGCCAUCUUGGUCAAGUUUCCCGUCUUCAACGUGCGGGAUGACUGUUCCAGUGACGUUGUGUCCAUCUAUGAUUCACUGAGCCCUGAGAAGUCCAAGGCCAUAACAGAAAAGUGUGGUCAGAGGCCUCCAAGCAAUCCUCUAGAGGUGGUGUCAUCCAGCAACAUCAUGCUGAUCAGUCUGAUCGCUGCCAGCGGGAUCCAGAAGCAAGGCUUUAGCGCUGUAUAUUCAGUGAUCCCCUUAACAACAGCCAAUAGCUGUGGAGGACUGCUGACAAACAAGAGCGGGACCUUCAGCUCCCCAUACUACCCUAGCUUCUAUCCCAAUUCUGUGGACUGCAAAUGGACCAUCCAGGUACCUGCAAACUCGAAAAUCCGGGUGAAGUUCACAAUGUUUCGCAUGAAAGAGCCUGGAGUGGACAUAAAGGUCUGCCAUAAGGACUUUGUUGAGAUUUCAGGCAAAAAGUACUGUGGAGAAAAGCCUGUACUGGUCCUCUCAAGCACAACAAAUACGCUAGAUGUCAAGUUCCACUCAGAUGAAUCCUACACAGAUAAAGGCUUCAUGGCCCACUACAAUGCCUAUGACCCUGUGAACCCCUGUCCCAAUCAGUUUGCAUGCGCCAUGGGUAUGUGCAUCUCCAAAGAGCUGCGCUGUGAUGGCUGGAAUGACUGUGGGGACAUGAGUGACGAAACCAAAUGCGACUGUGCCAAGGACCAAUUUUCUUGUGCCAACGGCCUUUGCAGGGCCCUGUAUUCGCUGUGCGACCGUAUCAAUGACUGUGGUGACGGCAGUGAUGAGAAAAACUGCAAUUGCGAUGAGACCGAGUGGAUAUGUGGAGACGGCAUGUGUGUCCCGCAGGCCCUGGUGUGCGAUGGCAACAAGGACUGCAAGGACGGGAGUGAUGAGUCGUCCUGUGAAUCAGCUGCCUCUCGGAUUGCUUUGGUCUGCACCGAUUUCACUUUCAAGUGCAAGAACGGCGAGUGCAUAAACAAGGUCAAUCCUGAGUGUGACAAGAACAACGACUGCAGUGAUGCCUCAGAUGAGGAGGGCUGUGACUGUGGUACCAGACCGUACAAGCACAACCGCAUCGUGGGUGGGGAGAAUGCUGAUAUCGGAGAAUGGCCUUGGCAGGUCAGCCUCCACUUCAAGACCUCCGGCCAUGUCUGCGGUGCUUCCAUCUUGUCUCAGAACUGGCUGCUGUCAGCUUCACAUUGCUUCAAGACCACCUCUCCAGAAAAUCUUAUUGCCAGCAACUGGCAGACAUACAGCGGCAUGCAUGACCAGUUCAAACAAGACAGUGUACAGAUGCGCAAAAUCAAGAGGAUCAUCACUCAUGAAAACUACGACCCUAUGACCUAUGACUAUGACAUUGCUGUGCUGGAGCUCAGCGAGCCGCUGGAGUUCACAAGCACCAUCCACCACAUUUGCCUACCGGCCAGUACGCACCUCUUCCCGGCAGGAAUGUCCUGUUGGGUAACGGGCUGGGGGACGCUGCGUGAGGGAGGUCGCCUUGCACAGAUUUUGCAGAAAGCUGAGGUGAAAAUCAUCAAUGACACAGUGUGCAACAUAGUGACGGAGGGCCAGGUCACCUCCAGGAUGCUCUGCAGUGGCUUCCUUGCUGGAGGUGUGGAUGCCUGUCAGGGUGACUCUGGUGGGCCCCUGGUUUGCCGCGAGGAGAGCGGCAAGUGGUUUCAGGCAGGGAUUGUGAGCUGGGGCGAGGGCUGUGCCCGACGCAACAAGCCUGGUGUCUAUUCACGGCUCACCAAACUGCGCGACUGGAUCCGCCAGCAAACCGGCAUAUAGCACGUAGUGACCAAGCAGACCGAGGACCGCACCCCCACUCUUCUGCUGAAUUUCAGACUCUGUACAAAGGUGUUUUUGAAAAAAUCUAUCAUGCAUCCGGCAUCCAAGCGACAGAUAGAGAGAUGAGCUUGAAGAGGGAAUUUGGAAGGAUGACUGCUUCUCCCUUUUCAGUGCUUCUAUUUAAUGAGGAUGUCUACUGUGAGAUACAUGCAGUAUCAUUUAAAAGGAAAAAAAAAAAGUAAUUCGUUUUGUAGUUCUUAAAAACUGAACACGUACUCUAUGAGUUCUCAGGGUUGGUAUAUUGCUUUCAGCUACUCUGUGGAGGUCAGAUUACCUUUGCAGGCUGGAAAGUGUCACACUGAAACUCUGCUCCAUUACCAGGGGUCAGACAGAUGGAAAACUGGUUAUUUCCUCUUCAUUCAGAAAAUGAAAAGUUUUUUUUUUUUUUUUUUUUUCUUUUUCUCUUCUCUCUCCUCUGUCUGUCAUACAUUGAAGUUGAAAGUAUAGCAGGAAAGCACUAUUUGUGUGAGAUCAAUGUUUGGUGAUCAGAAGAUCAUUAUAUAUGAAAUAGGAAUAUUUUUAUAUUGUUUUUAAAAUACUGAACACAGAAGUUCAUCUUGUUACAUUGGUGAGGAGUAUGCUUUUUCUUUCAGAGAAUACAAUAAUCUAUAUCAAAUAUUAGACUUAAAUUGACAUCAGUCCUUUGAAUUUUUUUUUUUUCUUAAAAAGUGUCAACAAAAUGCUCAGUCAUGGUCCAAGAUAUAUUAUUUAUGAAGUAACCAAAUUGUGUACCUGCUUGAAGCUUUUUUUUGGAAGCUUUGGGACUUGGAGUCCAGCAGUAUUCAGGAGGCCAGCGCCAAUAUGCUGAGAUUUGCGCUUUGGGGAUUGCCUUCACUUUUGUGCUUGCACGGAACAAAAAAACAAUAUAGUUCAGUGGUUUGAAUAUGCGAGUGCAGAACCUGGUGGAUGUUUUCUGUACUGCUAUAAGCUGCAGUUUUCUUCCUUUCUCAAAUAGUGACUCGCUCUGUGGAAUGAAAGGUAACAUUGGAUCUUCCCAUCCUGUGAUGUUUCAUGAUUCGGCUCUUACAAAGUGUGACCUCGGGACUACUGCAGAGUCCAUAUUAAAAAAUAACUUGAUUUACGCAUGCACAGUAGUAAAUUUUUGUUAGGCAGCUCUCUUAAACCUCGUUCCGCUUUCCUUUCUUGCUUGUUCUUUAAAUAGUUACCAAACAUUAUAAGGUCUCAGUUUGCAUUGUGGAUUAAGAAAAUGGAUUGCAUGCUUUUUACAAGAUCAUACUUCUUACCCAGUUGUCUGGUGUACUGUCCCACGGACACACAUUCCAUGCAGUGUAUCUGUGUGUUACAAUCAGCUCUUGAGGAAAUGGGCUGAGGAACUGGAACUUGUAAAAACUGCUUUGUUGUACAAAUAUGUUAAUGACAUGAGUGCACCACUAAAAUGUUUGUUUGGUAAUGUCCAGAGUCCUUAUAUUUGCCCUUUUAAUCAACGUGAUUUUUUUUAAA